UCCUGCUCUUUCGUCGGGUUAUUAAGGGUUGCUUUUGAGGGUUUACACUUAUGGACCAAGUCCAAAGGAAAUGAUGUCAUUACUCUUCAAUUGAAGCAGCUUCCCAUACAUACGAGAAUCAUUACAAGAAACUCCACAGGCCCUUUUAGAGAAUUGGGUCCAGAAAAAGAGAUGGGGCGAGGGAAAAAAGUACUGGUUUCACGCCGUUUAUCAUCAUCAUCAUCUUUCAAGUUUAUGUUGAUCAUGAGUCUGCUUAUAGCUGUAUAUCAGUUUGCCUCCACUUGGCGACUCACUUCCCAUAAUCCAUGGCUAUGGAACUCGGCGACUACGGUGAAGAUCCCUGAAAUUUCCGCUGCACAAAGUCAACCGCCACCAGCUGCUCCGGCACGGGAUGUCACCAACAGACCAGGUGAGGUGCUGGGAUUCUCGGAAGCAGUGAACGUUUCAACCCAAGGAAACUUCAUAUCGGGUUUCUUCAAGCUGUGGGACUCAAUUUUCAGUUGGUCGGAACAGAAGCCUCAAAUAUGCCUUCCACGAAGACGUUUCAGACAGCGAAAAGGGCGAAGUUCUCGUACCAGUGCCAUAAAUGCAGGCAGGAAUUAUUGGUGGUUGUGGAUUACCAUUUCAGGACUAGUAAUUCUCAUGUUAUUCGUAGUUCUUUUCUGCUAUAGGAGAAAACUCAAAGGGAAGAAAGAAGAAGAGGCUAUGUUACAUGAAUUGACAACUUCUGACGGAUCUACUGAUUUAGAUGAGAAUGGAAAAAAUGGGAACCAUGGUCAUAAGUUGAAAGUUUUUAAUUUUGAUUCCAUCAUGAUUGCCACAAAUAAUUUUUCAUCUCAAAAUAAAAUUGGAAAAGGUGGUUUUGGUGAUGUAUACAAGGGGAAACUAAUUGAUGGGCAAGAAAUAGCAGUAAAGAGACUUUCAAGAGGAUCUGGACAAGGGCUAGUGGAGUUCAAAAAUGAGAUUAGGCUGAUUAGCAAUUUACAACAUAUAAAUAUUGUUAGGCUUAUAGGUUGCAGCAUCAGUGGAGAAGAAAGGAUAUUAAUCUAUGAGUUCAUGCCAAACAAAAGCUUGGAUUUCUUCCUUUUUGGUUUGUACUUUUCCCCUUAA